GAGUACUUCAACAAUAGGGGGACUUGUGGAAAACCAAGUCCUGAAGAGAAUGUAGUUGCAGAACUGACAGUAUAGUCCAAUGCUGAGUCUACCUCAACUCUGCCACCAACACUACCUUUGCUGUCAGAAACUUCUGUUCAGUCAGCUCUUGAGGGAUCUUUUGGAACUUUUGAAUUAGCCACAAACUCACCCUCCAUUUCACCAAGUUUUGAUUUGGAUCGACAAUAUGGUUACGUAGUGCAAGGGAAUGGUCAGUCAUCCUCACUGUCUGAUUUCACGGGUUCAUCAUCUUCUUCCUCUGUACAAUCCAAAACGUCCUUAUUGGCUUCUCCCCCUCCUCCUCCUCCUCCACCACCACCUCCUCCCCGAUCAAGAGGUGCAUCCUCAUUGAAGAGUUUUAAAAGAGUACCAUUUGAUACCCUUCCUCAAGCCCAUUCUCCUAAGUCACUUAUUUCGGGAACUCCUCCAUCACCCAUUGUGAAUAAUUCACCUCGAGCUUCUUCUGUUCCUGCCCCUCCUCUACCACUUCCUUCUCCUCCGUCUGUGGCUCAGGUGGAGCAAAUAAUGUCUUCUUCUGAACUGUCUCAAGAUGAAAUUACGAUGCGAAAUAUUGUUGAACCCACAAUAAUGCAGGCCUUCAAACAUCAACCAUUAUUGUCUUUGGAAAAGCCUCAUGUUGUCAUCUCAGGUGAGAACACGGAAUCUCUGAGGUGGGAAGGAGUAGCAGCUGUGACAGAAACAAACAUGGAGGUAACUUCUGUCAGUGACUCAGCAUCCUCAUUGGCUGUCAAUAAUGGCUGUUUAGCAGCUGUGACAGAAACAACCUCCAUGUCAUCUGGAUAUGACUAUGAUGUUUUCUUGAGUUUUAGAGGGCCAGAUACUCACUUUGGCAUUGUAGAUUCCCUCUAUCAACGCUUGAGAGAUGCUGGAAUCCGCACAUUUAUAGACAAUGAAGAGCUCCACAUUGGAGAGGAGUUUGGUCCUGAUUUGCUCAAAGCUAUCAGGCAUUCAAAAAUUGCAAUUCCCAUCUUUUCCAAAAACUAUGCCAUUAGUAAAUGGUGUCUUAAUGAGUUAGUCGAAAUGAUGGAGUGUAGGAAAACAAGGAGACAGAUGGUUAUGCCCAUUUUUUAUCAUGUUACUCCAUCAGAUGUCCGUUAUCAAUGUGGGUCUUAUAAAGAAGCCUUUCUUUCACAUGAAAAGAAAUUUGAUGGGAACAAUAUCAGUAAGUGGAAAGCUGCUCUCAAGGAUGUUGCCAACCUAAUGGGAUGGGUCAUCAGAGGCGAUGGAGUACUGGUAAAGACAGUUGUCCAGAAGGUUAUAGAUGAGUUGAAAAUGGCUUAUCUGCUGGUAACCGACUGCUUGAUUGUAGUUGAAAGUCAUGUGAAGAAAAUCGAUACAAUGAUGUGUGGUGAUUCAGAGGAUGUAAGAAUUCUUGGAAUUCAUGGUAUGGGGGGUGUAGGAAAGACUACUCUUGCCAAAAUAAUCUACAACAGGCUUUCACAUCGUUUUGAAAAUCGUUGCUUUCUUUCUAAUGUCAGAGAAGCUUCAGGGAGAAAGGACAUCGAGCGUUUGCAGAAUCAGCUACUCUAUGAUAUCCUCAAAAUAAACUUGCCCAAUGUUAGUAAUGCUGAUAAUGGAAUCAAGGAAAUAAAGCAAAGGUUGUGGGGCAAAAAGGUUCUGCUUCUACUUGAUGAUGUUGGUAAAAAGAGUCAUUUGAAUGAACUUAUGGGAACACUAGGGGGGUUUGGUUUGGGAAGUAGGAUAAUUAUCACCAGUAGAAACAUGGAUGUUUUCAAUGUGCCUGAGGUCUGUUGUACUACUUAUGAGCUUUCUGAAAUGGACUUCGGUCAAUCUCUUCAACUUUUUUGCAAACAUGCUUUUGGAAGAGAUCAUCCUUCAGAUGAGUAUGCUGCUUCCUCCAAUGAAGUGGUGAAAAUGACCGGAGGACUUCCUCUUGCUCUUGAGGUUAUAGGUUCGCUACUUUCGGGUAAGGGGAAAGAUGUUUGGGAUGUUACAUUGGAGAAGUUGGAAAAGGUUCCAAAUGAGGAAGUUACGAGAAAGUUGAAAAUAUCUUAUGACGCUUUGGAUAAACGUCAACAGCGGAUUUUUCUGGAUAUAGCUUGUCUUUUUAUUGGAUUUGAUAAAAGGGUUGUGUUUCACAUAUGGAAUGAUUCCGAACUCUUCCCAGGUGAAGGUCUUCAAACCCUUCAGCAGAUGUCUUUGAUAAAAAUUGGAAAAGACAAUAAGCUAUGGAUGCACAAUCAGCUAAGAGACUUUGGUAGAGACAUUGUUCACCAAAAAUGUAACAUGCAACUAGAGAAACAGACCAUACUAUGGAAUCCUAAGGAAGCUUCUGAGGUUGUUAUUGGAAAGAAGGGAACAGAACACACAAAAGCUCUUUGUCUGGAGUUUGAUGACCAUUUGCAGCAGUCUUUUACUAAUGAAGAGUUAGGGAGGCUAUCAGAUCUGAGAUACCUAGAAAUGAGGCCUGUCCAGGAUAAUUGGCCUACGAGUGGCUUUCCAGCAACUAGUUUCCCUAUGAAUGCACCCAUCCUAUCUGAGCUGAGAUGCCUUUCAUGGCAUAAUUUUCCUCCAGUACUUACAUUGACUACUUUUUCCAUGACGAACAUGGUCAUUCUUGAUCUAUCAUGGAGUACGUUGUCAGAAAGUUGGGAUGGUUGGAGUCAUAUAAAGAUGGCAAGGAAAUUAAAAGUUUUGAAUUUGACUGGUUGUGCACACAUGCAUAAAACUCCCGACUUAUCUUCAAAUGUAAAUUUAGAGCAGUUGAUUCUUGAAAGCUGUGGAAGAUUGGUUCAGAUUGACAAAUCUAUAGGGCAGUUGACGCAGUUAGUUCUUUUGAACUUAAGGUUCUGUCGUGAACUUUGCAAACUGCCAGAAGAGAUGGCCAACUUAGAAUCGCUGGAGGAACUUCUUAUUGACUGCACUUCCAUAAGAGAAGUCCCGGGGCUGUCAGUAAGUAACUGCGGUUCAAUUGGUAACUUAACCUCUCUAUCAAGGCUCUCUUUGGAAAAUGUUGAAGUUUCUCAACCUCAUCUAGAGAUUAGAGCGCUUGUAAAGCUUGAACACUUGUCUCUGAGUGGGUGUAAGUUGCUCAAGAAAAUUCCAGACUCAAUUUGGAAUUUGGAAUCACUAGUCGUGCUGAAUCUGUCCCACACACAUAUUGCUGAGUUGCCCAAAUCACUUGGGAACUUGAAAAAUUUGAAAAUACUAAGGAUGUGUGGUAGUUCCAUAAGAAGUAUACCCAGUGCAAUUGGGAUGUUGGAGAAGUUGAAAGAGAUAGAUGCAGAGUUCUGCCAAUGUCUGGAGGGGACAAUACCUGAAGAUAUUGUGAGAUUAUCAUCUUUGGAGAUCUUGAAAUUUUCAAAUACUAGAAUAUGUAACAUCCCGAAGCUUCCCGAAAGCCUCCUCAGUUUGCAUAUUGGUACUAAUUCGAUGAAGAGACUUCCGGAUCUCUCAAACCUGAUAAAUCUGACAGAGUUGAAUUUGGAGAUUUCUCAAGUUCCCGAGUUUUGUUUGGCUGAAGAGGAUUCUACUUGUGUGGACAUGACUGAGCUUGGACGGGAUCCAUCACCAUGGUGGAUUGGAAAUUUAUGCAAUCUGGAGUCUCUAAAGUUGUCCUGUGACAACAUAACUGUCCUCCAUCGAGACAUUGGUCUUCUCUCUGAACUCAAAAGACUUGAACUUCUUUGUUUUAACCUGCAGAUUCUCCCUAGGCUUCCAUCAAGUUUAUUGUGCUUGCUUAUUAAAUCCUCCCGAUCAUUGGAAAUAUCGUUAGAUCUAUCAAAUUUCAAGGAACUAUUGGAGCUGAGGAUCUAUUCUUCUGCAAUAACAGAUGUCCAUGGCCUUGAAAGUUUGAAGAAUCUUCAAACUUUGGACCUUAGAGCAUUGAAUACAAAUGAGAAAUUACCUGACCUUUCAAACUUAAAGAAGCUCAAUGAACUGCAUUUGGGACACUCUCGUAAUCUGAUCGAUCUUCAAAGUAUUCAAAGCUUGGAAAAUCUGAGAAAUUUGAAGCUCAUCAAUAUUCUACAACUCGAGAAAUUACCCAAUCUUUCAAACUUGAUGGAGCUAACUGAACUUCACCUGCUGCAGUGUCAUGGUCUAACUGAGAUUCAAAGCUUUAAGGGUUUGGAGAAGCUGACAGUGCUAAAGCUAGGUGAGCUCCCUCUGCUUGAGAGAUUGCCUGAUCUCUCGAACUUGAAGAAACUCACAAAACUUGAUCUACAGCAGUGUCAUAAUCUUGUCAAGAUUCAAGGAAGAUUAGAUUCGCUGGAAGACUUGUGCAUCUAUGGAUGCAACUCUUUGGUUGAGUUGCCUGAUCCUUCAAGCUUCAAGAAUCUGAAAUCUCUGCAAUUGCGUGAUUGUGAGAUGCUGCGGAUUGACCAGGUUUGGGUCUCGAAAUCUGAUACAUUUGAUACGGUAUUUGGAAGUCCAAGAUGUUUGAUGAUGAGAAGGUUAGGCAUCUGUGUGUGUCAAUUGGGUAGACAUUUUUUCUCGCCAUCUCUUCCUUCCUGAAAAUGUAGGAAGAGAGUGCACGACUUCCUUAUUUGCAUACAACUACGUGGAUAUGCUAUUGAUUUAGCUAGCCAAAAGUACAAUCCAGUUGAAAUGUAUUUUCUUGUAACUUCUGAA